GCCGGGCGGCGGGGCCGAGCGCCCUGCCCAGGGCCGCUCCGGAGUGGCCGGACCCUCCCUGUGCAGGCAGGGCCCGUGUCAACGCCUCGGCGGCCCGGCAGCGGGGCCGGGGCCGGCGGCGGGCUCUAAUCCGGUUAGGGGGGAUUAGUGUGGCUGUUUAAAGGCCGGGGAAGGGGCGCCAGGCGCGCCGGGGAGGAAGCGGCCGCCGCGGAGCAGCGGGGCAGCCCGGACGGCACCGUUGUAGACGAUGCCAGCCAUCAACAUCGAGGACCUGAGCGAGAAGGACAAACUGAAAAUGGAAGUGGAGCAGCUCCGGAAAGAAGUGAAGCUGGAGAGGCAGCCGGUGUCCAAGUGCUCUGAAGAGAUCAAGAACUACAUCGAGGAGCGCUCGGGGGAGGAUCCGCUGGUAAAGGGGGUUCCCGAGGACAAGAACCCCUUCAAGGAGAAGGGAGGCUGUGUCAUCGCUUAGGGAAACCCAAUCCGGCGCCUGCGAUCGGUGCAGACACUUGUACCCAUAGGGAGUCACUAGCGUGUCCCCACCGCCGCCGGUCCGUGUUGAACGAGCACAGGAGCGGAUUUCUAAUUUUUUCUUAAAUCCUUUUCCUCACAAAAAUAAAGAACCUUCUCACCCGAAAGCAGCCGAGCCCCGCGUCGCUCGCUCGGCAGAGCCGGCUGCCCCUGACACCGGCCUGGCCGGCUCCUUUCGCUUCGCGGCGCCGCUUUCGCCACCCGUUUAUCGGUCGCUUCAUGGCUGUUCGCUGUCAUUAAAGAAAACCUGUCGGUAA